ACAUAUACAUAUUUACAUGCAUACUGUGGGGCCAUAUAAAUUGUGGCGACCUAUCGGCUUCCGUAGAGACGCAGAUUACAUUAAUGGAAUGCUAAUAAUGAUCACUUAAAAAGAAACCGUACAAUACAACUAUAGACCUGACCUGACGAAAGUUAUACGCGCAUCAGAUGAUGAACCAGUCGCGAGAACUUCCGAAUGACAUUUGGCGCGGAAAUACAUCAAACACCCUAUAUGAUGUCGUCUGACUGAAAAUGUUAAACAGAUUGACUAUCGAGAGAUUGGGAGAAUCUACAGAAAUGUCAGAAAAUGCAGUUCAGAUUGGAAGAGUGGGUGCCAACGAGAAACUUGGCAAAAAAUUGCACAUAGCUGCAAAAUGUGGCAAUAGAAAAAAAUUGAAAAAGAUUCUAGCAAAAGGUAUUCAUGUGGAUUAUUCAGAUAGUAAUGGGCAAACAGCACUCUUCUGUGCUUGUUAUGAAAAAAGAGAGAAGGUUGUUGAUAUUUUGCUGAGCCAUGGAGCAAACCCAAAUGAAAAAAGUGAUAAUGGAGCUACCCCUGUUCAUGUUGCAGCUCUUUGUGGAAAUUUGAAUAUUCUUUCAAAACUGCUGUUACACAAUGGAGAUUUAAGACUUCAUGAUAAUGAAGGUUAUUCUGUAAAAGACUGGGCACUAAUGCAGCAUAAUCCAAAAAAGCGAUUGAAAAUUGUUGAAUUUUUGGAGAAAACCAGAUUAUUUGCUUUAACCAGAUCUGGCCAUGAUUUGGGAGAUAUCACACGAAAAGGAAGUCUAAAUUGCAUCCAGAAAGAUGGUCACACGAGAGAAAAUGCAGUGGUUAGGGUGUUUCAUGAAGUGUUCAGACGCCGGUCAAGUGUAAAUCUUGAUCAACUGAAAAGUGCUCCAAAUCUGGGAUAUGGCAAGGUAUACGUUGAUUCUGAGACCGGAGAUGGAUUCAUGUGUUCUCUUCCUUUUGUGAAUGAAAAUCUGUUGAUACAUGAUUCAGAAGGAACAACCUAUGACAGUGGAAUUUAUACAGAGAUGCAAAGCAUGCUGUGGAAGCAUACAAAAGUGACAGCUAAAAAGUUACAUAGAGAAAUGGAUAGUUUAAAAGAAGUAGACUUGCUAAUCAAAGAGGCUCACUAUAUGGGAAAAAUAAGACAUCCCAAUUUACUCUUAUUGAUGGGUGUUUGUCAGACCAACAACUUGGAUGGUAUUGUUUUACUGUAUGAGAGUGUAGCUUGUGGCUCAUUGUUCUACCACUUACACCAAAAGGCAGAGAGACUGCAUCCUUCCCAGAUACUUGAAAUGUCUAAACAGAUCUGCUGUGCUGUGCUAUUCCUUCAUGAACAAAACUUAAUCCACUGUUACAUCACUUCGUAUGCCAUCAAUAUCGUAAAUCCUCACCAAGCAAAGCUGGGCAACUUUGAAUACAUGGUGACCGUUGAUCAUUGUGAAAUGGGAAAAAAGAGUCUUGUAUCAUCCCAGAGCACUGGUAAUGUGGCCUACAACUGGAUGGCACCAGAUAUAAUAGAUGACUGCCCACCAUGUUUUGCAUCUGACAUGUACAGCUACUGCUGUGUUCUAUGGGAGAUGAUAAAGAAUGAGAUUCCUUGGGAGAAAUAUAGUGCUCAAAAGAUAAGAAAAAAGGUUUUACAGACAGGAGAAUCUUUGCCGGUGGAUACCAGUUGCUUCGCAGAGAAAUACAAUGUUGUUUUACAGCAUGGUCUGCAAAAAAAUCCUGUACACAGAUUGCUCAACUUUUCCAGUGUGCAUCAGAUUCUUCAGCUGCCUGAUCAAGAUGUAAUGAAGUAUGUGACAAAGUUUCACCAGAAGAGGAAACCAAAAUCUGAAAAGCAGAAAGUAUCUGUAAAGAUACGAAACAGUGCAAGACAAUAUUUCAGGGAGACAGUCUCACCAGAUUCAGUUGAUGAGGAGAUGACAGAAUAUAAUGAAGUUGAUAGCAAACCUUUAGGAAAAAGAAUACCCAUUUGGUCUGAUUGCAACCAAAAUGGCAAUAGAUAUGGACAACAAGAUUCAGACUCAAGAUUUGUGGAUGAAAUGAGGUUUACACAUAAAAAUGUGAGCUGGAAACUGCAAGAGGAACAAGAAGGAGAUAAAUACUACUACACUGUAGGGGUCAAAGGUUCACCAUACAAAGAACUACAGCACAGCAGCCCGGAAACCUCGUGCAAAUAUGACGAAAAGCAGUUUACAGAGAGUGAAAGCGAACUUGAAAGUUUCAGUCAAACAAAGCACACUGUAGAACAGCCUGAACUACAGCAGCCAUUAACCAGGAAGUAUAGUUACUUGGAAGCUCAACAAAGGUUCAGUCCCACUAAAGGAAACUGUAUGGUGAAACCUGCCAGUCACUGCACUGCUGGGAAUGUUGAAAAGCCUGUAGAAAAACAGCUCACUACUGCAGGCAGUAUAUACGCUCUGUACAACUCUUUUUAUGGUGAUGAAGAAUGUAAGACCCCAGGGAAGAUGGACAACAACAAAAGAAACCCUUACUCGACUAUGCCAAGGAAAAGGAAAAGAAUGGGAGCUACACCUGACAUGAGACCAAGAGAGGAAUAUUGUCCAGGAAGAGGGAGUGUGAGAAAUUUGGUGGAACUAUAUCAAACUCAGGAAAACGUACACAUGUUCCAGCAAGCAGUUCUGUCUGGACAAGCGAAAGAAUAUACUGAGUCUUCUGUGCCAAGGUCACCAGUACAUCCCAAAAAUGUUGAAUUCUACAGAAGUGAAGAAAAAGAAAAAGACACAAAAUCACUGAGCCAAGAUACAAAAUCACAGAACCAAUCUAAGGGCCCUGGCAAUAUUCCAACAGCUCCUCCACUUUACCCCAUCAUUGGAUGCAAUGUCACAGCUUGUAUUAGUUCAACAACAACAUCUUCAUCAACAAGUCAGGAAAGUAAUGUGACUGAAAGCAGCAGUGUGGAGUCCACUAUAUUAGAUAGGUGGGUGUCCCAGAGUCUACAGAGAUGCCAGAACUCACUGACUGAUGAAAUCUUCAAUGAACUGGCCAGUAAAGCAGAGGAUGAGCUGACAGAAGAAUCUGCCAAAGUGAAAAAGCAGCACAAGAAAAAGAAAAACAAUACCACAAAAAAUAAUAAGAAAAAAGAGAAAAAUGAAAUAGAAGAGUUCUACUUUGAUGAUGAUCUAAGGAACAAAAAUAUAAAGGAGGAAAGCCACAUGAAACUUCAAAAAGCAUUCUUACCAGGAAAAUCAAUGCAGAUCAGUAACAGUUUAAGAAGUUCUUUUCACGAUAUCCCUUCCAAACUCAGAGAACCAGAUCCUUCAGAAAGGAACAACAGAAUGACAAAACCACAUAGUCCUCCACCUCAUUCAAAUCCUAGAUAUGUACCAGCAACAUCUGUGUUACAAUAUGAAAAGAUAAAGAAAGAUUGUGAGAAAAGAGGAGCAUUCCAGAGCACUGUGAUGAUACAGAGUAGUAGCAGAGAUCCAGAUACUCAUGUUGUGACACACACACUCACAGAUCUGGGAGAUGGGACUACCAGUACUCUCUAUGGAAAAACAGUUCAAGCAUCAAAUAUAGUGUCAGCACAUUAUGUGCAGGACUCAGGUGUUUAGCUAGCUGCCUGUGUUUUGUUUCCUUUGGGUAUUGGAGACUAUGUAUGGCAUCCAUGCAGGGAUUUAGUUCUUGUACAUGUCAGGAAUAAGAAGUCAGUUGUAAUAGAAAUUGAAAAAGAAAUAUAUUUCUUGUUCUGCUGGUUUCACUCAGAUCUGCUUGUUGUUAAUUUUGGUUGCAUUAUGCAGUCUCAUCAAAGAAUCUGUGAUAUUGUUACUGCUAUAAAAAGUUACACUAGAGCAACUUUUAUACAUGUUAAUUUUUUAUUUGUUAUUUGUUUAACUAUGCUGUUACAAUAAAUAUCUUUUGCAACUUG